AUGGCCGCCUUGCAACCUCACUUCUCAGCAACAACUAUGCUCCGUUUUCAUUGCGGUGCUACUGCCGGACGCUACGGUCACAAGUGCCAGAAUGGGGUGUCAAGUUGCUCAGAACAAUUACUUUCUCGCUUGCGUUCGAAUACUCUGGCAUUAGACGAGUUCGAGGCCCCUCUCAGGCCUGUUUCGUUGCGCACCAGUGCUAAUCUCGGGAUACUGCUUCCGCCAGAGCCAGAGUCUACGCUGAGCACCACUGAUGCCCCCGCUAAGAUCCCACCCAGCUGGCUUCCUUCCGCGCAGUCUGUCGCCGUUACAACGCGUUUGGUUGGAUUGGACCUUGCCCUCGAUGACCUAGAGGCUAAUGCUGCCAGCCUUGAGCAGAAUGCCACCGUAAUAAGUGCGGAAGCACUGUCACGAGGAGCACCCGAUUUAGCUGAGAAAGCCUCUGUUUAUACAGAAGCCAUCUGUUUCGCAGCACGACACUGCUCUCAGGGACCAGAAUCGCAGUUCUGCGUCGCACUAUUGCUCGCUGGGUGCAAUGUGUUAGCAAAAGAGUUGGUGACUAGAUUCGCUCAGUCCCCUCCCAACUUGGACGGAAGCCCUCCACGGUGCCUGCAUUCGUGCACCCGUCAUGGCGGACAGUCGCCUCAGUCUUCUGGCAGGUGGUUACGGCCUUGGGGGAAGGAUGUACUCCUCAGUGGUUGGAGUAUCUUUAGGCACUGGCUGACCCACGACGGCGCUCCAGCUUGCCUGGAACAGCGCAUUGGUGAUAGCGCGUCUUUUGUCGAGUAUCCUGCAACAGAUGGUCGGCCUUGCAUGCGCCGCGAUCGUUCCGAAAUGUUUACCCGUUACCAGCUACAGGCCAAGACCGGUGAUUACACUUUCCACAGCACCCAGUUGCUAUUUUGCGACUACAAACACUGUAUCGACAACAUAGGUUUUCUCCAGUGCAGAAGGAAGGGCACCGAACUUUUCCGCUCCCCGGUCAGCUGGGACCCAUUCUACUACUACCAGCUUAAUGUCCACGACGGGCUUAUAGGCGCUAUCUGUUCUGACUAUGGAAUAACGCUGAGUGACGAGGUUUUGGCUAGCCUAAUUCUCCUCCGGGUUUGGGAUGACUAUCUCGAUGUGCAGCACGACACGCCAAAUGGUGAGAGAUACAACUUCUUCCGUUUAACUGCCCGCUCUUCUGCCGAGUCAUUGGCUACUGUAGAGAGCUUCAUUCGGUCAUUUCUGUUGUGGGCAGCCCAGUCUAAUGGCCCGGCUGCACGGUUCACGCUUUGUACCGCCCUUUGGUAUAUAUGCAAUCGCAGACACGAAUUUGCGGGAUAUUGCAGCUGCCCUCAGCCGAGACCACCCUCUGUUGUCGCUCCGGUCGCACCAACCCGGCUUCUUGAACUUCUAAAGAAGGGUGACUUUACAGAGCCUCCGAGCCGCGGUCCUCUUAUGCCUAAGCUAGCGCCCCCUGUGCAGGUUGACGUAGGAGCGAGUUCUUUGCAAGAUCUCUGGGACAAGUCGUGGGAUGAUGACAUCUUGCUCCGAGAAACUGUGGUCAGUGUCUGGGUGUCGAGCAACUGCUGGGUUCGUUGUCCUCCUUCAGCAUGCAGCAUCUACGAUGACAGAGCGGCGUACUAG